AUGGGCAAUACUGGCUACAUUGCUGGCUGCUGUGACAGUUACUGCCCAAGGGACUUGGAAAGUCGUUGGCAAUUGCCCCCCAAAGAUUACUCAUUAUUGACAAAGGCAAGUACAAAACCUGAAGACAAUCCAGACGCGCUCCUUCCUGGCGGCAAUGGCCUGACGGGCUGGUCAGCCGAAUACAAUCUGGAUACAAACAAAUUCCGCGUGCUCCCUCUUACUACAAACACAUUCUGCUCUGCAGGCGCUUUCCUUGGUAACGGAACGUUUGUCUCAACUGCCGGUGGUGAAGUUGUCAAUUUUGCAAAGGUAAAAGCACAGGCUGGUUACUCGGGUAUUCGUUUCUUCAAUCCGUGUCUGGAUGGAACGUGUAUGUGGACAGAACUUAAGACGCCGUUGAGUUCUUGGAGGUGGUAUGAUGCCAUGACUAUAUUGCCCGACGGGAGUGUAAUCGUCAUUGGUGGGGCUACGGCACCAACUGCAGUAAAUGACGGUGCGAAAAAUAACCCUUCGUACGAGAUUAUUGGUCCCGAUGGUUUAAGCCAAGAGUACAAGUUACAAUUUCUCACCGACACACUCCCCUACAAUCUUUACCCCUUCAUUCAUACAAUUUCAAACGGUCUCUACCAAGGUUAUGUCUUUAUCUUUGCUGGCGCAAAGUCUAUUAUCUACGAUCUCAAAGCCAGCAGCGUGGUCAAAGCACUCCCAGACCUCCCAGGUCCCCCACGCUCCUAUCCUCUCGCUGGCGCGUGUUCUUUCCUUCCCUUAACCUAUGAGAAUAAUUACAAUCCAUCAGUUCUAAUAUGCGGUGGACAAGCUAAGAAUGAUCAUCAAAAUCCCGCCGACAAUACAUGCGGAAGAAUUGACUUGGGUGUUACAAACCCUACAUGGGAGAUGGACGAUUUUGGUGGAUUACCGAGAGUCAUGAGUGAUGUUGUCAUCCAAGCUGAUGCGAAAGUAGUCUUCCUAAACGGUGCUGGAGUUGGUAUUUCUGGGUAUAACAGAGGCACAACCUUACUGGCAAAUAACCCCGUGUUUACUCCCGUUGUUUAUGACAUGAAUCAACCAAAAGGCUCUCGCUGGAGUAAAUACGCACCGUCAACUAUCCCCCGUAUGUAUCAUUCAGUUGCAACCCUAAUCACCGACGGAUCAAUUAUUGUUGCUGGCAGUAAUCCCAACGAGAACUUCAAAGGAACAGGAAUCUUCCCGACAGAAUAUCGAGUAGAGAACUUUAUACCACCCUACCUCAACAACGGCUCACCUCGUCCAACGAUUGUUUCGAUCAAUGGAACAACAACGUUCAACAAGGCUCCAACAAAGGUUGCUUAUAACGAACCAGAACAAAUUGCAUUUACCCUCCCAGCUGGACAGAAACCUGGCACAAUUACCGCUGCAUUGGUAUAUACUGGAUUCAAGACACAUGCUCAAUCUAUGGGAGAACGACAUGUGAAAUUACAAGUUACUAACGUAACACCAAAAGACAAUGGAUUUGUUGCUACGGUUUGGACUCCGCCAAAUAACUUUAUCAUGCCGCCAGGUCCGCGUUAUUUGUUUAUUUUGAAUAACGGCACUCCCGCUAAUACUGCAAUUCACGUGUUAAUAAAUUAG